AAAUUUUGAAACUCGCUCAUCGAUUAGUAUUUUUAAAACUUUAGAUAAUCAAAUUUUCCCAUGUGCAAUGAUUAGAUAAUGUUACGGUGAACAUUAAUGUUUAGGUAGAAAUUGCCAAAGUAAAUAUGUUACUCAGGAUCAUAAUACGAAACUACGGCUGUCAAUAAUUGUUCCGAAGGCGGGAGUUAUAAAAGGGAGUGUGAAAGAAACAAACUAAAUUUCUACCGAAAUAUUAUCGACGGGCAUUACAAAGUUGUUUUUUGAGAGGUUGAAUUGAUUAGAAUGAAGAAGCACACAAAUGAGAAAGCUGAGAAUGUGAAAGAAAACUGUAAUGAAUGGUUGUCCACUAGAAACCGAAAGAAGGCUUCUAUGCGAAGUAUGCCGAAGAAGAUCUCAAAUGCUCGGAAGUUGUCCGCUCCAUGGAAGCUGACACAGAACUCACCACUUCCCAGGCAGUUAGCUAUUCCAACUCACCAAACGAUGAUGACCAAUUACUUGUUGAAAGGUGGACAAAAUUACCUUGAUAAAAACCUAGGAGGUAUAGUUAAGCCUUCACAUGUGAGAGGAGGGUCUGAGAUAGAGAUGGGAUUGAAACCCGAUCCUGUUGCAGUUAUGGAAGUAAAUAGCAGCCAACACUUCAAACCCGAUCUUUCUGUGGAUUGUAAAGGUAUUUCAUUUUAUGAUCACAUUCUAGUAUCAAAGAAAGAGUCUAAUUUUACCAGAAAUGAUCAGUACAAGUCAACGAACCAAUCACUUUUGUCAUCACCAUGUCGCAGUACUUACGAAAGACUUGAUUUGCAUCAAAAUGUUACGCCACUUCGUGAAAGAAUCAAUGUUUUGUCAGAUGGACAAGAAAGAAGUUUGAAUCAAGAGCAAGAUUGUAAUGCCGCUGACCAUUCUGUUGACCAUACCAUCAAUAAAGUUGCUGAUCUCAGUCAGAACCGCAGAGUUCUCCAACAAAUAAACUUGGAAAAUAAUAAAUAUGGACUUAAGGAUUGCCAUACCAAAAAUACAAGUACUCUUUUACCAAGAAGACCCCGAGAAAUUACCAAACUACCAGACAAUACAGAUUUAUACUUGUCACUGCUUCCUGAAGAUCACAAGGUCACUGUAAAUGCUAUGGGUACCACCGUUACUACUUCUGGUAGUGAUGACGAUAGCGAAGAUGAUAGGGCUGACAUUGUCAUUGGUGAAGAUUACAAUGACAAUGUUGAUGACAGUUGUGAUGUUAUGAAUGGUGUCUGUGUUGGUGGUCGCGGUGAUUUCACUGAAGAUUCCAAUUCAUUAGUUUUUUCACCCUUUAUUGAUUCCAAAAGUUCAAUGACUUUAUUUUUAACAUCUACCCAAGAUGAAAGUUGUUCUUCUGAUGUCAAUCUGACAUUUGACUUUGAUGAUGCUGAAAGACUCACUUCAGAACCUGUCUCUUCUCUUGUUCUUCUGGAAGAUAGUUUGUCAUUGAAAAAUGAUCCAAUGAGUUUGGAUUCUGACAGUCUGUAUCUCUCUCAGAGCCAAUCUGAAAUUGACUCUCCAUCACUAGAUGAUUUUACAUUUCAUUAAAAUAGAUGAUGAUUCCAUGAAUAAUUUAAUCUCUAGCUUUUGGUAAAAUUCCAAUUCUAAAUUCUCUAAAGACUUGAGAAAAAACGCCCCAAAACAGGAGUUUUUAUUUAAAACAAUUUUCACAAUUUUCUCUCCUUCAUUGUUAUUGCAUAGUACUGAACUGUUCCCUUCAAUUCUGUACACAAAGAUCAGAUUGAUGUAAUUGUAUCUGCUUACUCUAUUCUUCUUUACAAUCCGGAAUCGGGUUCAACUUUGUUAUUGAGAUGAGUUUAGAGUUCACAGUUAUGUUAUCUAUGAAAUGGUUUACAUUUUUCUGUUGUAUUGCAAAUUGAUACAAAUAUAAAAGCACUAAGAAUGAUUCUUGCUGGUUACAAGUAUCAAAUCUGCAGGCCUGCAGAUCUAAUUUCAAAUGGGCUAGUUUAACCUGUCAUCCUCUCAGCAUUAAUAAAAUAAGUGGUCAGCAUUUCAGCUUCUUGUUAUAUAUGAAGGACUCAAACAUAUUAGGGUGUCCAGCAUUUCAGCUUUUUGUAAUAUACGAGGGGCUCAAACAUAGGGUGUCUAGCUGAACUGAGUCUUUCAUACAGCAUGUUUGCAGUAGGUCAUUGUUGGAAGUUUGUGCUAUCUUUGGAAAACAAAAUCUGCAAUGAUUUAUUGUUCGUACCCAUAGCCAAUCAGCAGUAAAAUAUCUGCCAGCCGUUUUAUAGCAUUACUAUGCCAUCCAAUAGUGGUUUCAUUUCAAUUGAAAAGUUGAAAAAACAAAAGCCCUCUCAAAAAGCAAAGUCCUAUUAAAUCCCUAUACUGUUAUUAAUAUUGAGGCAGUGAGCUUGCAGAAUUGUUAGAACAUCAAUCAAAAUGCUUGAAGGCAUUUCUGCUGGUUCUUUAUGUUCCAAGUUCAAAUCCUGCCAAGAUCAACUUUGCCUGAAUCCUUUCAGGAUUAGGAUUGAUAUAAUAAAGUACCAGUCAAGUACGGUGGGGUGGGACUGUCAGUGUAAUUGAUUAGCCCCUCCCUCCCAACUCCACUAAAAUUUCUGUCCUUGUACCAAAAUUUGAACAAUAUUGAGGCAGUGGAUUGGCAGAAUUGUUAAAAUGACAGGCCGAAAGCCUUGUGGUAUUUAGUUUCACAGUUUUAAACUUUGCUUUUCAUUCUUCCAAAGGUCAAUAAAAGAAAUAUUAGUCAAGAAUGGGGGGCUGAUGUAAUCAAUGAUACCCAUUUCCUAAAGUUGAGGUUUCAACAGAAUUGGUACAUCACUGUACAAAAUAUCUCUUUAGAUGGUAAUUUCAAUACUUCCCAGAGUCAUCUUUACUUUCAUUGUUCCUAGGUCAAUGAAAUAAGGACCAGUCAAGAACUGGGGUUGAUCUUCAUUAACUGUACCUUACUCCUAAAAUUUAAGUCCUGGUACCCUGGCAGAAUCCUUAGCAUGCCGGGCGAAAUGCUUAGCGGUAUUUUGUCUGCCGCUACAUUCUGAGUUCAAAUUCCGCUGAGGUCUACUUUGCCUUUUAUCCUUUCAGGGUCGAUUAAAUAAGUACAAGUUAAGCACUGGGGUCAAUGUAAUUGACUUAAUUCCUUUGUCUGUCCUUGUUUGUCCCUUGAGAGCAAUGAAGAAAUAAAUAUUUAGGACAGCAGUUUAACGGAAUUGAUAGAAUGUUGUACAAAAGACCAUACUGUAUUUUGUUUUGCUUCUUAAUGUUGUAGUUUCAAAUCCUACUGAGAUUAGCUCUUGCAUUCAUACUUCAGGGAUUGAUAAAAUAUUUCCAUAUAUCAGACAGGUACUGAAGCUGAUCUCACUUGACUAGACCCAACUCCUAAAAUCUGAGGCUCAUGGUACGAAUCAAUAUUAGUGCUGUAGUAAGGCGGAAAGCUGGCCGAAUCAUUAGCAAUCUGGGCCAAAUGCUUUGUGGCAUUUUCUCUAUCUGCACGUUCUGAGUUCAAAUUCCACUGAGGUUGACGUUGCAUUUCAUCCUUUCGGGGUUGAUAAAAUAGGUACCAGUUGUACACUGGGGUCAAUAUAAUCUACUUACUCCCUUCUCCAAACUCGCUGACCGUGUGCCAAAAUUUAAAACCAAUAUUAGUACUGCAGUGUUACUGAGGAAUCAUCAACAUCAUCAUUAUCAUUAUCAUUAUCAACUCCUGGAUUUUACUGUUUCAAGUCUUCAGACUCAUUGGACUGAUUACCUAGUUCCCAUGGUGUAGUAGAAUGACCUUUACAUUAACGUGUGUUUGAUUUUUGACAGUAACACCAAUUAGUUCUUCUUUAAAACUGUUUUAAAAUUCUAGUUAGAUCUCAGGGUAGAAGCUGUUAUUUUUUUUACAUUUCUUGGCAAAGAAUGAAAGUAAAUGAUAAGCACCCAUUAUUACCAACUGACAAAAAAAAAAAAAGAAAAAAGAAAAGAAAAAAAAUGAAAAAAAUUGUCUUGUAAAAGUAUUGUAAGAUGAAACAAUGUAUGUAAUUGUAUAUGAAGAAAAAUGAAGUCUGAUAGGUGUGAGGUUUAUUUAAAUGCUUGUAUGGGAAAUAAAGAAGUUGAAAAAAAAAGUAUUUUUAAUGAAAAAAUAACUACAUUUGUUUUGUAUCUGUUGAACGUUAAGUUUCUUAUUGUUGUUGUAUAACAUAUUGUAUGCAAACACACAAACGCAUUUUCUCAUUUUCAAGUGUUACUGAACAUCAGUGGUACUCAACUUUAUGGUACUCAGUCCCCCACUUCAUGGAAUGUCAUCUUACAAAGAUCCCUUCACUGUAUUUUGCACAAAAGGAGUGGGAGGAGGAAUUCACAUCUCCCCUAACCCCACCAGUUUAUUUUAAUUCAACAAAAGUUGAUAUUGUACAACACUUCAUCAUUCAUAUUUUCUAAUACCAUCCUAUGCAGCGUGUGCCCAUUUUUGAAUAUUUGUACAGACUUGUGACCCCUAUGUUAAAUUUCCAUGGUGUGGCUGUGUGGUAAGAAGU